CAAGAAACUGCAAAUUGUCAACUUGAUAUUUGAUCAAUGGAAUUUAAUUUGGAUAUUGUCAAUAAGUUGUCUUCACAGCUCAUCAUCUGAUCUUGUUCUGCAACAUCCAUAGGUCCUUUGCUUCUAAUUUUUAAUUUAGAAUAAUGUUUAAGUUUAUACUGUGGAAUGUGGAGGGACAGGGAAGAGCUGUAAAGUGAAGUAGGUAUACUGUGGUCACCAAGUCAUUAGCAGUAUUUCUCAUACAUGAUUAUUAUACCAGAGGCCUUAAAUUUUUGUAGUAUGUUCAAUAACUUUAAUGUGAAUUUACGCUGCUUCUCACUAGUUUUCUAUUUGGGAACUAAGGGGGAUGCCGAUUUGGCUUACGCUGACACUGGACACUAUCUGUAGGAGCUGCAUUUGUGUUUGUGUUAAACCCAUCCGGAAAGCUUCAAAGUGUAGCUCAAUCAUAUCAAUGAUGCGAGUCUAACCUUUUAUAUCCAAAUUGGGCCGGGCCCAACUCUUAACAGUAUAAGCACUGAACAAUGAACAUUAUAGUUUGAGCCCGUUUAAAAUAUAGAAGAAUCCGAGUUUUAGGGUUUUGGGUACACAGAGAAAGAAAGAAAGAGAAAAACAAAUGGCGAAAAGUUUCAACGAAGUUCAGAGGCAGAAGAGAGCACAAAGGGCAGACAGAAAAAGAGCAAUCCAUGGAGACGCCGCAACUAAGAAGCUUAAGAACAAAUCCCAACCACUCUCCAUCUCUGGCAAACGUCAGCGCAAGCUUCUCAAGAAAUGGCGCAGGGAGCAAAAGAAGGUUAUCGAAAAGGGUUUGGUGACUAUGGAAGAUGUGGAAAUGGUGGCUGCUGAAGGUGCAUCUCAAGAUGCAGGCACAUCCCAAGUUGCCAACAAAGUGCCAACAAAAUUUCACAUGAAGAAGAAUUUGAAGCUCAAACGCAUAAAGCGAAAAGGAAAAGCCAAGGGUCCUAAGCAAGCCAUUGAAGCUUCACUAGAUGCCAUGGUAGAAUAGAUUGUGAUAAAAAAAAAAAACAUCAAACUCAAAUUUUGUGAACUCAAGCCAUUGAUGGGCUUGAGAACUCGCUCCUAGAGCAUGUUGUAGUGUAGAGAUAGGUUUUCGAAGGAUGUUUGAUAGCUAAUGCAUAUUGUUUCAUUUGUAAUAUCUAAGCUUUGUUCGCAAG